AUGGCUGCAGCUGCACGAGUGACACUUGCUGACAUUUACAGAGCUCACGAGCGAAUACUUCCAUAUAUACACAAAACACCCGUCUUUACAAAUUCUACAUUUGAUAAAUUAAUCGGCAGAAAUGCAUUUUUCAAAGCAGAGAAUCUUCAGAAGACAGGAUCGUUUAAAGCGCGAGGAGCUUUGAAUGCUGUAAUGGCACUUAAGGAGAGAAAUCCUACAGUUGCUGGUGUGGUAACCCACAGUACAGGUAACCAUGGCCAGGCGUUGGCAUGGGCAGCAAGCACUGUAGGCCUUAAAUGUGCAGUUGUUGUACCACGGGACACUCCGCAGGUUAAGAAGGACGCCAUCACAAACUACGGAGCAGAGUUAGUGUUAUGUGAACCUACCCCUCAGUCCAGACAAGAGACAUGUGACAGAGUUGCUAAGGAACAAGGAUUGGAGUUUAUACCCCCGUUUGAUCACCAUGAUGUAAUUGCGGGUCAGGGAACUAUAGCUAUGGAGUUGCUGAAACAAGCACCAGACCUUGAUGCCAUUCUAGUUCCUGUCAGUGGAGGUGGCUUGUCAUCUGGUAUAGCCAUUGCAGCAAAGGCCAUCAAACCGGGCAUCAAAAUAUUUCUUGUGGAGGCUGAGGGCAAGAUGUGUGAGAAGUCCCUGAGAGCAGGUGAGAGACUUUGGCCUAACCCACCCCGAUUUCUUAACACAAUCGCCGACGGGAUCAGGAUGCAACAUCUAGGUCACUUAACGUGGCCGAUACUCUUAGAACUUGCAGAAAAAGAUGUGUUUUCACUCAGUGAUGAGGACAUGAUUAAAGGGAUGAAGUUCACAUUUCAAAGAAUGAAGUUGGUGAUUGAAGCUGCAUCUGGUGCUGCUGUAGCUGCUGCCAUGUCAGACAAGCUUGCAGCCAUGGACAAGGAGAUGAAAAACAUUGGAGUUAUUCUUUGUGGUGGCAAUGUAGAUAUUGAAAAACUACCCUGGUACUAGUAUAGGAUAGUAAUAAUAUACAUAAGUUUUUUAAUGAUAGGUCUGUUUUCUCUGUCUGUCCAGUAAAAUCUGAAAUCAUUUCCACUGUGUUUCAUGUAUGUAAAUCAUAUACUGAAUAGUUAAAUUUUGACAUCAAAAGGCUGGUUCUUAUCAGC